CACUUGAGGAUCAAAAAUGAUAUUUGGUAUUCUUGUUGCUAUACUUGCAAUAGCAGAAGCAAACUUCGAUUAUCCUGGCAGGCCAGCGUUAGAAGAUGUGAAAAAGUUUUAUAUGCUUGGAAAUAUAACCUAUUUGGUGAAGAGAACGUAUGUUUCCAAAAUUGGAGAUGAGGAGCCGACUUGCGUUCACAAUAAAGUGACUAAUGUGACUGGUAACAAAAUAAGCCUUUUGCAAGGCUACAUAUAUGAUUCUGGACAACGUUCAACACGUUUCCCGGUUGACGUGCAGAUUUCAAGGCAUUCAGGAUAUGACGUGGCCCCGCAAAUGUGGGCAGUAACAAAAGACGUCCUUGGAUUGAAAAGAACAUACAACUUUCACUACUAUGAUCCGGUGGCUCAAUGUGCUGUUCUUACAUUUAGAGACUACUCAGGUACCUUGAGAUGUGAACUGCAUACUUGGAGAGACCGCGCUUCAUAUCUACUUUACGGAAACUGCCAAAUUGAAUACGACUACCAGUGCCCGGGGCGUCAGAGCCACAGCGUGAAUUUAAAGAAUUGCUGGAAUUUAAACACGUGACCGAACUUUAUUGAAGACUAAAUUAUAAGAGCA